AUGUCGCCACCCAGCAAGAAGACUAUUAAGAGUCGCACCAAGGGCAAGAAAAGCAAGGUUGUGGCAGCGAAGGAUUCGCAAGAAGGCACUAGCGAUAGCUACAACUUCGUCAAUUUGCGCCGUGUGAGCGUGCCCGCCAAUCGCUUGACCCCGCUCCGCAACAACUGGGAAACUAUCGUACGUACGGUGGUGGAACACCUCAAACUACAGAUUCGUAUGUGCACUAAAAACAAGGUGGUUGAAGUACGCCCUGCCUCGGAGAAUACAGAUCUGUCCCUACUUCAGAAGGCGCAAGACUACUUGCGAGCGUUUAUGCUCGGUUUUGAGUUGAAGGACGCUGAGGCUCUGAUUCGCCUAGAGGACAUAUUCAUUGAGAGUUUCGACAUUAAGGACGUAAAACGCUUGAGCGGUGACCAUCUUUCGCGUUGCAUUGGGCGUAUUUCCGGGAAGGACGGGAAGACUAAGCACGCGAUUGAGAAUAUGACCCGUACUCGCGUUGUUUUGGCACAGGACCGCAUUCAUAUCAUGGGAAGUUUUAACAGCAUAAAGAUGGCACGGCAUUCUAUCUGCAGUCUCAUUUUAGGCAACCAGCCUGGAAAGGUCUACAAUAAUCUAUGCAACAUCUCAAAACGGUUGCGAGAAAAGCUGUGA